AGCCCAGAAUGAGUAGGUACUUAAUAUAACUAUAAACUAUGCAUAGAUGUGUAUAUAAUCCAUGUGCAAUGCCAUCCUACAGCAAUCAAUUAACUGGCUCUAGCAUCCCAAGAAACACAAUUAAAAGAACAAGUAAAAUCCACCACAUAUAGCUGCAGAAGAAUCCAGUGGGAAUUAAUGAAGCUUCUCUAAGCCCCAGGAAAGCACUCAAAAACGCUUACAUUAUAGUAUAUAUCAGCUUCUGAAGCUUUUUUCAUCAGAACAGGUAGCAUAUGUGGAAGCUUCUCUCCAUGGCAACUCUCUACCUGUUAAUUACACUUCUUCUAGCUCAUAGUGCUACUACUGCACUCUCUCUGCAGGUCCAUUUCUACAGUGAAUCAUGCCCUAGAGUUGAGAUCAUAGUUCAACAAGUAGUCCAAAGGCAUUUUCAGCAAGACCCGUCAGUCCCCGCCGGCCUUCUUCGACUCCAUUUCCACGAUUGUUUUGUUAGGGGCUGCGACGGUUCGGUUCUUAUCGAUAGCACAGAUGAUAACAUAGCAGAGAAAGAAGCUCCCCCGAACCUGACGUUGAGAACGUAUGACGUGAUUGAUGAAAUAAAUACGGAGCUCGAGAAGGAGUGUAGUGGAGUAGUUUCUUGUGCAGAUAUGUUAGCUUUGGCCGCGAGAGAUGGAGUGGCAUUAGCAGGAGGCCCUGCAUAUGCUCUUCCGACAGGGAGGCGGGACGGCACGGUCUCAACUCUGGCUGAUGCUCAUCUACCAAGCCCGUCGUUCUCCGUCGAUCAAGCCCUAGCUGCAUUCCAAAGUGUCAAUCUUGACUUAGUGGAUCUCACUACAUUACUUGGUGCACAUAGUAUGGGACUCUGCCACUGUGGAUUCUUCAUUGAUAGGCUCUAUGACUACAAAGGAAGUGGAUCACCUGAUCCAACAAUGGAGCCCAAUGUGCUCAACACGCUUCAACAAAAGUGCCCACCCCACCUUGUAACAAUUGAUAACAUCACUGAGGACUCAAUUGUGUUCAUGAAUCAAGUCUCCUCCACACCAUUUCAUUUCGACAAUUCGCUGUACCAUGCUUCGCUUAACGAAAAAGCUGUUCUUCAGAUAGACCAGGAGUUGGCCUUCACCGACGUCACGAGUAAAUUGGCGGCACAAUACGCGAACAAUCCAGGGACAUUCUUGAAUCAGUUCGCAAAGUCCAUGAUCAAGCUCGGUAGCAUCGGGGUGCUAACAGGUCAAGAGGGAGAGAUCAGAUUGAAUUGUCGGGUGGUAAAUAAUGCGACGUCGAAUAGUUCGACUGCAAAUUUUGGCCCCGAGAAUUGAUCUUGUACUUUUUAAGUACGUGGUCACAGCAUCUAAGAAAUGUAUUUUGUUACUGAUCGAGUACGCACAAGAUAUAUGUAUUUAUAUACUAAGAUGCGCUUAUUGUCAAAUUCCUCGCUGUGAGUUUUAGAUCGAAGUCGAAUUCAUGGAAGAAUAAUGAUUCAUGUACGAAAGAAUAUAAUCUAGAACGUUA